AUGUCAAAGGCGCUGCCCGUCCACCAUAGCGGCACGCUCCCGCCCCAGCAACUGGCGGACCUGUUCAAAGACGCUUUCCGCGGGGAGCUGUACGGCGAACACCAGGAUGAGCUGGCCGAGACGGUCCAGCAGGUGAAGGGCGACCUGUACAACCGGGACUACAUCGCGGCGUUCGACUCGCAGGAGAAGCGCGCAGCAUACUGCUGCCGCUGGUCGCCGUCGCGCGCCGUGGCGUACUCUUCCCUCUUCGCACACCUGGCGCCCGUGCGCAACGUCUUGACCUGCGCUGGCGGCACCUCCCGCAACGUUCUCUGCGUCGGCGGCGGCGCGGGCGGGGAGCUCGUCGCCGCCGCCAACCUGUUUACCGCGACCCGCGACUUCGAUGCCCGGCACCGUCCGGACGCCCCUGCAGACGCAAACGCCGCCCGCCUCGCCAUCCGCAUCGUUGACAUCGCGGACUGGUCCGCCGUCGUUGACCGCGUGGCCGCCGCCGUCCGCUCCUCGUGGCUCUUCCACUUGGCCCCCGCGCUGGACGUCGCCUUCGCACACACCGAUAUCCUGCAGCCUGCCGCAUCUCUCGGCCUGCCGUCACUCGACCUCCUCACGCUGCUCUUUACCACCAACGAGCUCUUCCUGGAGAACAGGGCAGCCACUGUUCGUCUCUUCCAGCGCCUCAACGCAGAGUGCCGCUCUGGCUGUCUGCUGCUUAUCGUCGAGAGCGCUGGCAGCUACUCCCACAUCACCGUGGGCUCUAAGAAGUUCCCAGUGCAGUUUCUCAUCGACACGCUGCUGCUCGGGCCGCGCGGCCGUGAAGCUGGCGGCCCCUGGACCCUCCUGUCCGAGAGCGAUGCCCUCUGGUAUCGCGGUGAUCCGGCUGUGGACUACCCAGUCAAGCUAGAGAACAUGCGCUUUUUCUACAGACUCUAUGUAAAGAAGUAG